AUGCGUAAGGACCUGAAGUUUGAGGUAGGUGGAAAGGUGUUGAGGUUUGGCAAGAGGGGUAAGUUGAACCCUCGUUCCAUUGGGCCAUUUGAGAUCUUGGAGCGGGUUGGCCCUGUAGCAUACCGGCUGGCCUUGCCCCCAUUUCUUUCUGCAGUCCACAAUGUUUUUCAUGUUUCCAUGUUAAGGAAGUACGUAGCAAACUCAUCUCAUGUUGUAGAUUAUGAGCCUUUGCAUUUAAAUGAGAACCUGAGCUACGAAGAAGAGCCUAUUCGAAUCCUGGCCAGAGAAGUGAAAGUUUUGCGCAACAAAGAGAUAGCUUUGGUGAAGGUUCUUUGGCAGAAUCACCAGUUUGAGGAAGCAAUGUGGGAGCGCCAGGACGACAUGAGGAUGCAUUAUCCCGAGCUUUUUCAGGAUUAG